GUUUUAUUAAGCAUUUUCUUGAAUGUUUAUUGUUCAGUCUCGUAAUCUCUGAUAUGUAAGACAUUUUUAUUGAUUUCAACCAAUUUCUGCCCUGAAUUAGCAUUGGAUCGUAUUCUUUUUUGCGGUUUCUCAUUUUAAGUGGGUUUUCUCUUGAUUGUUUUGAUUGAUUUUAUGAUCGAGUAUAUCUUGUUGAGUGUGUAAAGGUGAGCUGAGUUUAUUAAUCAAAGUUAUUCGAUUGCUUGAAGCAGAUCUUGAAGUUGAACACACAACUAAAAAAAUAUUAGAAUUCAACUCUGUAUUAGAUAUCUAUGCUUCUUUUUGUUAUCAUUCACAUGCUGAAUUCAAAAGAACACCAUCAACCAAUUAAUAUUAGCAUAAAUUAAGUUUUGAGGUAGGAGAGCUUAGAUAUUGAAUAAUUGAAAUUGAGAAAUAUAACGAGAAAAUUAAGAGAGCCUAUUUAAUAAUAGCGAAAAACAAUUAAAUAAUAGAUCUUUCAGACAAGGUAAAUAGUUGAUUUAGUAACAAUCUAUAUAAUUCAAAUUCGUUAUCAUCGCUUCUGUUGGAGAACUGACGAAUAAUUUUGGAGUUAUGAAAGUGAGAUGUCUAACAAGCUCUUUAAUUAAAGACAAAAACAUGAUUUCAAGAUUAUCAACCUAUCUUCAGAUAUUUAAUAUGAUGAUGAAUAUUAUAUAGACAACAAUCGCAUUGGAGAUCAAUUACAGAAUAAUUCAACAUGAUUCUUAAUCAUAUCCUAAAUGCACAUUCAAAUAAGAAAAUAAAUUUUCACUUUUCAAAUAAGUAGAAUUUAGUUGCUACUAAAUUUUUACUUUGGUUUAUGUUGACCUGAUCCUAUUAUAUUUAUAGUUAACUUAUCAUAUUUUU